GUACAGCCCAAGGCGGAAGCGGCUCGGUGUCCCGGCACUCCAGAGCAGCUAUGGCUGCCGGCAUCCCCUGUGCGCUGGUGACCAGCUGCUCUUCCACUUUCAGCGGAGACCGGCUAGUCCAGCAUAUCCUUGGAACAGAAGAUGCUAUUGUGGACGCAACUUCCAACGACGCUGUGAGAUUUUAUCCCUGGACCAUUGAUAAUAAAUACUAUUCAGCAGACAUCAAUCUGUGCGUGGUACCAGACAAGUUUCUUGUCACUGCAGAGAUUGCAGAGUGUGUCCAGGCAUUUGUGGUUUACUUUGACAGCACACAGAAAUCAGGUCUUGAUAGCGUCUCCUCCUGGCUCCCACUGGCAGAAGCAUGGCUGCCCGAGGUGAUGAUCUUGGUCUGUGAGAGAGUGUCAGAACACGGUGUAAACCGACAAAAAGCUCAAGAAUGGUGCAUCAAACAUGGCUUUGAAUUGGUGGAACUUAGUCCAGAGGAACUUCCUGAGGAAGAUGAUGAUUUCCCAGAAUCUACAGGAGUAAAGCGAAUCAUACAGGCCUUGAAUGCCAAUGUCUGGUCCAACGUCGUGAUGAAGAGUGAUAGGAACCAAGGCUUUAGUCUUCUCAACUCCUUGGCGGGAACAAACCAUGGCCUUGAGUCCACAGAGACCUGUCGCUCAGGGCAGCCCCACCUGCCUGCAGCAGACAGGACCGAACCCCUCUCGGAUCAUCGGGGUGCCACAUCGAACGCUACAAGUGCCCCGGUGGAAAGCCUUGUGGACCCCAUGUUAGAUCUGGAUAUUCAAGAACUAGCCAGUCUUACUACGGGAGGAGGAGAUUUGGACAAUUUUGAACGACUGUUUUCAAAGUUAAAGGAAAUGAAAGACAAGGCUGCGACGCUGCCUCACGAGCAAAGAAAGUUGCAUGCAGAAAAGGUAGCGAAAGCUUUCUGGAUGGCAAUUGGGGGAGACAGAGAUGAAAUUGAAGGCCUUUCUUCUGAUGAAGAGCACUAAAGUCGCCCCUAGGGUCUUAACUCAUGACGAAGCUAGCAUUCCCCACCUGAGAUACCCCGCCCAGCUGUGUUCUGUGUUGCUGGAUUUCCCAUGAUCAUGUAGACAGGCCCCCCCCCUUAAUUAUUGGGGCCGUUAAAGUCCUUAGUAGGGGGCAAAGGGGAAGUCUUUCUCAGUGUACUGAAAAGGACCGAAGAGUAUGACAGUACUGAGGGAGGAUUCCUUUGGUAUUCUUCUUUGUUCUGGAAAUGGAAAUAGAACAGACCCGAGAGGUCUCUGUGGUUUACCCAAGUUAGAAGAAAACUGCCAUGCCAUUCCUUGUCAACCUCUGACACCUAACUCCUGCAGCUCAGCAGGUGUGUGGAGAUUCUCCCCACCGGAGGAGCCUGUGCUGUGAGCCGGGAGGCUUCCGCAGCUGCAGAUAUGGCAUGUGCUAUACAUAGGAUGGGAUGAGGAAGGGGGCCCCGAGGUGGCAGCCCACAGGUUAGUCUCUAAGUGAAACACUGCGGCUUGGAUAUUUCUUUUGAAGUGCGGUGUCUGAGUUCAUGCUAGAAAAAUAAAUUGGAAAACCAAUGUGGAUUUUUAGAUGGCAGUGAGCAAGGCCGAGGUUUCCCACAGAGUCCCUCUCUGCGCCCCCCCACCCCCCCGAGUUCUGAUGGUAUGUGGCUGUGCACAGGAGGGAGCGAGAACCUUAAGGAAUCCUUGGUGGGCCACACAGUGAACGUGAUCAGAGGCCGAAGUGCUGCUCUCCCGCUGUCGUGAAGAAACUCCCUUACCUUAUUCUUGCACUGCUGCACAGGCCGAAGCUGUGUUGUCACCCUGUAUGCCCGCAGAACAAGGCAGAUGGCCCUGCUUCUCUUUGAAAGCCAAAUGAAGAUCACUGCCAGAGUAGCCACGCUUAGCGGGUGGGUGAAGGUGUGAAGGGUUAGACACCUUGUUGUGCUCCCGGUGAAGGCAGACCGUCUCAGUCCUUCCAACCCUGCAGCCCCAUGCGCUCUGGACCCUGCCAGGUCUGAGCAGGUUGACCCCAGAGAAAGCAACUGCCAGAGGGGAAGUAGAGCAAACAAGGGUCCCAUUUCUGUUUUUGUGGAUGUUUGGUUAGUGCCUAUCAUUACUCUUUCCUGAGCCGCCCGCCCCCUGUCCUGAUUCAGAGUCCUGUGGAUGGAUGGUGCUGGCUCCCAGGCCUAAUGCGAGCUUCAACCCAUUCACAUGGCAUGCUCCCAAGGAAGGUGCCUACCCCCUCCUGGGACCACCCUUGGCGCACUGUAGAACCAGAGGCAUGACGGAAGCAGUAGAAUGUUCCCAGGUCCUGCUGGCGCCACUUUGGGCAGGAGCCAUGGCAAAGGGUGGAGCAUUCAGUAAAGGGCACUCUGGGGGCAGACACUUGUUUGGUUUUAUUUCCUCUCUCUCUCUCUCUCUUUUUUUUUUUUAACUGUCCUGAAGGUUUGUGUCCACCUCCAUCCUAUUGGUGUUUCUUUAAAGUGAUUGCAUUAGCCAUUGAUUAAGUCUAUUAAGGGAAGUU